CUUCGGUCGCCGAGAAAGCUUCACUUUUACUUAUUACACAUCCUUACCUAGUACUACGAAAGUUCUAUAGGAUUUAAAUUCAUUGUUUUAUUGUACAAGUUACAGAAGGUGACUUACUGUGCAAACACAAAUCGGUCAGGUAUGCAUAUCGACCUGGUGAAGGUGAGAAUUAUAUGCGACAAGGUUGCUUUCAAAUAGCAUGCGUCAUUUUCUUUCCUAUAUUUAUUCUCGUUUCGAAUUUACCUACUUUCGUAACGCAUGCAAUUUAUGUCAAGGUCAUUUUGAAUACAUUAGUUACGAUGUAAAUAUUGGACCUAGUAUAUCGUCGUCGUGUGGAGACACGUAUAUGCAUUUCUAGUAAAACUAUACACGCCUUCAUUGUUCCUACGGUUAUAUACGCAAUCAGUGGUACAUACUAAACAUUUGUGCACGCGAAUACAGACGACGUUUGCUGUAACACGUAGUAGAUUCGCUUCUAGCUCCAUGUGCUCUUCUUUACCUACAUUCUCGUUUUGUGUGGCGUGGUUGGCUAGCGAGUCUGCAUACUUGCUAAAAUGACGUCAUUGAGCUUUAAAUGGAAACUGGGCGAAGCUUUGAGAGCACCGGCUGAACGAAAAGUUUAGAAACAAGAGCGUCUUUUUACGUUGUUGGUGUGUGACAAGGUAAACAAGACAGUGUGUUGAUUUAGUACGGAAAUUGUUAACGGUGAAUGUAUGCCGUUUGUAUAGUAAUAGUGUAACUGAAACUAAAGUACUUCCAAAUAAAACGGCCUCGGGACAGCUCAAUAAUAACCUAAGAAUAUUAGGUAAGCAUGUUGGCCAAAAAGAAAAUAGUGUAAGAGUGACGUAUGCGUGUUCAAGGAGAUGUAGGUAUAUGCUUCACAGUCAUUGUAUCAGUUUAUGAGAUACGUACCUGGAGAAUGUGGUGUUGUACGUUUGUGCUAAUCGAAUUUCAGUUUUCCGGAAGUUACGCCUACCUCAUCCAAUUGUAUCUUGGAGGGAUGGUCCCUUUCACAUGUGUUCAGACGGUUCAGUUAAUUAGCUGUGCAAACUAAAUCACAAUUGACCUUGAAGAGACUGAUGUGAAAGGCAUACCUCCAAAAUUGGAAACCAGAAAUGUGAUUCUGUUUUUCUGAGAAGAAAGGGGUGACUGUUUCUCACCACAAGUGUCACGUCUGACUUAUGGUGUUUAAGGUUUUUGUCACAGUGGCAGCAUUCAUGAAUUCUGGCCACUGGGCACAUUGGUGAUGCCUUACCGCAGUGGAGCUGUGGCUACGGUUUCACCUGCAUCUGUCAGCUACAAGAUGCCAGUUCCAGCGUCUCAUAGUCGUUUCACUUCAUUGGUGUCAGGGAGCAGCCACAGAACCAGUUCCUCCCUCAACAGUUCUCUAGAUCGAUCUUACUACACCAGCCUUACACGAACAAUCCCAAGGUCAUACACCUUAGAUUAUAAAUCAAAAUACACAUCACCGUCCAGAUCUACAUUGUCGUCGUCGUCGUACUCCCGCCAGGGCUCCCUGUCCGAUGACUCCGGAAUCUCCUUGUCGUCGGGUCGUAAUGCAGGGGGGCGGGAGAGAAGCGAGAGUCGAGAGUCCUCCAUCGGGGGGUACAGCCGGGUCAGGGACAGCGGCAGAACGACGUCGACGACGACGACGACGCUCGGCCGAAGGUUUGGCACGUCGACGUGCACGCUGUCGGGCAUUAGCGUGACUGAGAUGUUCAACAAGUACUCGCCCUCCAACUAUACGCGGUGCAGCACGGACAGUACCGCUGACAGCGUCUGCUCCAGGAGUCACAGUGCCACCACUACGAGCUCUCGACGCUCCGUGGGCGUCGGAGGCGCCGUGGGCGGCUGCUCCACGUCGUCGAUCGAGCAGCGUCGCAGUCGACUCAGCUCCACCGAGGAUGACAACACAGCCUGUUUAAGUGCUUCUCCUCGAUUCUCACGUCUGCGUGGCAGCUCAGGCAGUUCAGCUGAUCGGGGCGGCUUAGCAGGCUUGCGGAAUAUUGGCAACACUUGCUUCAUGAACUCUGUGAUCCAAUGUCUCAGCAACACGAAGCCCCUGCUGGAGUACCUGCUAGGUGACUGCCAUCUGUCUGACAUCAACACUUCAAUAUCUAGCAUGAAGGGUGCUCUGAUCAAAGCAUUCUCAACUGUGAUCCAAGAGCUGUGGCGUGCAGAGAGUGAGGACCGAGUCGUGAACACAACAGCUCUCAAGUCGCAGAUCCAGCGCUUUGCCCCUCGGUUCAUGGGAUAUUGUCAGCAGGAUGCUCAGGAGUUUCUGCGUUACCUGUUGGAGGGACUGCAUGAAGAUGUGAACAGAGUAACCACCAAGCCAAAGCCUAUCCUCACAGAUGUUGAUGAACAACUGAGUGAUCAACAAAAAGCUGUGGAAUCGUGGAAACGAUACCUGCGUAUGGAUAACAGCAAAGUGGUAGAUAUCUUUGUUGGACAGCUGAAGUCAACACUUAGGUGCACCUCUUGCGGGCACUGUUCUGUUACGUUUGACCCAUUCUGGGAUCUCUCUCUGCCUAUACCUGUUCGAACAGGCCAGGUGCGACUGCAGCAGUGCUUUGACCACUUCACUCGUGAAGAAGUGCUGGAUGGUGACGAGAAACCGACAUGUUCAAAGUGCCAGAUGCGCCGGAAAUGCACCAAGAGUUUCACCAUUCAGAAGUUUCCCAAAAUUCUUGUUCUUCAUCUAAAACGAUUUUCACCCACGGAGCGUUUUCGUGGGAAGCUGAAUGUAACUGUGGAUUUCCCUCUCAACGGACUGGACUUAAGUACAUAUGCAGCCAAUCGAGGACAGGGGUGUAUGUAUAAUCUGUAUGGAGUAGCCAACCACUCUGGUACAACCUAUUCAGGACAUUAUACAGCAUACUGCAAGCACCCCUACACAGCGGAAUGGCAUGAAUACAAUGACUCCAGAGUGACCUCCAUUUCAUCUCGAAGUGUGGUGUCAAGUGAAGCUUAUGUGCUCUUUUUUGAACUCUCCGGCCACAGUUCACACUUAUAAUGAUGAAAUCUUACGAUCUUUUUUAUUGGCCAAAUGGUUGUGUCCUUAUUUAAAAGAUGAAUGUGCUGAAGUUGUUAAUUUUUAUUUUUUGUUAUACAUAAUUUAUUUGGACAAAGAAUGGCUAUAAGCUGUGGAUAAAUUAAUUAUUUAUUGAGUUAUCAUCAUCUUGUGAUGAUUUUUUCAGUAACACCGUAUUUACACAAAUCUAAGAUUUCAGAUGCUUAAAAGUGAAAAGAAGAGAAAAGUAGAAAUGUUCAACUCGUAGUAAUUUUUAUAGAUCAAAUUUCUGACAAGUGUACUGUUGUACACUUGAUUGUUUAUUUUCACUGUCAGUGAAAUGGUUAUUUUACUACAUACAAAUAAUCUUGUAUGUACUUCAUACAUCUGCAAGAUAUGGUUAA